UAAUGUCUGGACACGGCACAGUGACGUCAUAUGUACGCGACAGCAUUGAAACCGCUUGUCCUUCGUGUUUUACAGAAACCUUUUAAAACCUCUUCAGACAAACACAAAACAGAAACAGAAACAUGUCUAACGCCAUGAACUUCGGCUCGAAGAGCUUCAAACCUCGAGCUCCGGAUAAAGGCGCCUUCCCUCUGGAUCAUUUCGGAGAGUGUAAAGUCUUCAAAGAGACCUUUAUGAAAUGCCUGAGAGAAAACAACUUUGACAACUCCAUGUGCCGACUGCAGUCAAAAGACUACCUGGAAUGCCGCAUGAACAAUCAGCUGAUGGCCAAAGAACCUCUGGAGAAACUGGGUUUCAAGGACCUGAUAGACCCUCCUCCCAGCCAGGCAGACAGAGACACCAAACCCUGACCUGCUGCGCUCCAACAGCUGUUAGAAAUGUCAAAGAUGUCAACAGAAGUCCUACAAAAGCAUCGUAAAGACAAAGACUGCUGUGAGGGUGAAGCUCACUAGAGUGGCUCCAAAGACUAUGAGGACGUGGGCCUGCAAGGGGACAUUGUGGUUUGCAUCGAUGCCUUCAAUGGAGAACAAGUCCAACAAUCUUUUGUGUACAUAAGAUAAAGUGUAUAAUUUAUUGAGAUGAUAUUUUGACCUGUCAAUAAAUAUUUUGUAUUUAAACUAAACUGU